AUGAAAUGGAUAUCGGCAGUUUCGAAGCGAACUAUAUUUAUUUAUUUCAUAUUGUUAUUUCUAUUAUAUUUAUUUUAUGUUUUGAAUACUUUUUCAGUUGACGAAAACAUGUUUACAUUCAAAUAUCUAACAUUGAAGCGUCAUGUUUCUAACUACAACUAUGUAACACGUCGUUUUGCCGCGCUUCUGGGAUAUAAUUUUAAGGACAAGUAUAUGACAUUAAGGAAACCAAACCUGGUUCCAACGAAGAGACUGCCGGAUGCCUUGAUUAUAGGUGUUAAGAAAUGUGGAACGAGAGCGCUAUUGGAGUUUUUAAGAUUGCAUCCCGAUGUAAGGGCUGCUGGGUCUGAGGUUCAUUUUUUCGACAAAUUUUAUCAUAAGGGAUUCGAAUGGUACAGAAACAGAAUGCCACCGACUCUCGAGGGUCAAAUUACUAUGGAGAAAACGCCUUCUUAUUGGGUGACACGAUCAGCUCCUAAACGUGUCUUCGCUAUGAAUCCAGCCGUCAAACUAUUGGCAGUAGUAAGAGAUCCCGUUACUAGAGCUAUUAGUGACUACACUCAAUCCGCAAGUAAGAGACCGAGCCUGCCUCGUUUUGAGGAGUUGGCGCUGAUGGAUGGCCCGUGGGGUUCCGUAGUGGAUACAUGGCCUCCCGUAAGACUGGGGAUAUACGCUAGACCUUUGAGGCGUUGGCUGAGAAGGUUUCCAAGAUCCAGGAUACUCAUCAUCAGCGGAGAAAGACUCGUGGUAGACCCUGCCGCUGAAAUGACUAGGGUUCAGGAAUUCCUGAACCUCAAGCCAGUGAUAACAGAGAAACAUUUCUACUUUAAUUCCACCAAAGGAUUCCCAUGCCUUCUCAAGUCAGAAAGCCGAUCAACUCCACACUGUCUUGGCAAAACCAAAGGUAGAAAUCAUCCCUACAUAGAUCCGGUAGCAUUAGAGAGAUUAAGAGAAUUCUAUAGACCCCAUAAUGAAAGAUUUUAUGAACUAUCAGGUAUAAAUUUUGGUUGGCAGUAA